UAUUGUAUGGUUUACCUGUGUUGGAAGCAGGUAUGGACUUUUGUAAGGUUCAUUUGUGUGCCUACAUGAAAGCAGCUCCUUCAACGUCACGGAGGUCUUGGAUAGAAGACACCUUCUGCAAGCGAGAGUGUAUCAAAUUCAUCCCGGCUUGCCGAGACCUACACGGGUGUUAUCCAACGUGUCAAGUGUGCCAAAACCUGAUAAGAUGCUGCUGCGGACGUCUGGUAGGGGAACACACCUGUCUGCAGACGGGCCCAUCCGUGUCCAGCCGGCAUGUUCCUGGGUCAGGCCAGGAGGAGGAGGAGUGGUCUGUGGGGUGUCACACACAGGCCAGCACCACCAAUGCCUACGGGACCAUUGACUUCCAGGACAGCGCCGGACGUAACUGCCACGCCAAGUACGUUCGCGUUGAGGUCGACGCCAAGGCUGAGACACUGCUGCAGCUCAUGCUGGGAGAGUGGAAGAUGGAACGACCUAAACUUCUGUUAACGGUACACGGGGGUGCGGACAACUUCCCCCUCCCCCUCAAGGUUAGACAGGCCUUCAGCAAAGGCCUCAUCACAGCCGCCCUCAGCACUGGGGCCUGGAUUCUCACAGACGGCAUCAACACAGGUGUUUCCCGGUAUGUAGGGGAAGCAGUGAAAACCUACGGCACCCAUGACCUCAGGAAAAGGAACGCUGUCGGGGUCACACCCUGGGGCAUCAUUGAUAACCAGAGUGACCUUAUAGGGAGAGAUGGGCUUAGACCCUACCAGCCUGUGGGAAACCCACUGAGUAAAAGGGUCCGUCUGAACGGCCUGCACUCCCACUUCCUGUUAGUGGACGAUGGAACUCUGGGAAAACAUGGCUGCCAGCUGGGAAUCAGGAGGAAGCUGGAGAGACACAUUCAGCUGCAGAAGAUCCACCCUAGGUUGAACCAGGGUGUGCCAGUGGUGUGUGUGGUGGUGGAGGGCGGACCUGACAUUGUGUCCUUGGUGCUGGAAUACGUGAGCAGUGUGCCCCCUGUGCCUGUGUUCAUUUUCGAGGGGUCUGGCAGGGUGGCUGACUUGCUGGCGUUCUUACAUAAACAGACUGCUAUGGAUAGACAGCUGGCGACAGACAUCCAGGAGGAUUUCCUUCAGAGGAUAGCAGGGAUGUUUGGUCUGGAGAGAGCAGAUGCCAGGCAGCUCUACAGUCUUCUGAUGGAGUGUAUGGACUACAGACAGUCUAUCACAAUCUUUGACUCCGAGUCGGAGGAUCAGCAGGAGGCAGACUGUGCCAUUUUGACGGCCACACUCAAAGGCACCAAGGCUUCUCCGGCCGAACAGCUCAGUACAGCUCUGGCGUGGGAUCGAGCGGACAUUGCUAACAAACACAUCCUGGUUUACGGCCAGCACUGGCAGGUGGGCUCGUUGGAGCAAGCCAUGCUGGAUGCACUGGUCAUGGACCGGGUUGGCUUUGUCAAACUGCUGAUCGACAACGGUAUGACAAUGAACCGCUUCCUGACCGUGUCACGACUGGAAGAGCUCUAUAACACGCAACAGGGACCAACAGAUAAUUUCCUCCGUCAUCUUGUGGAAGACGUGAAACAGACCCAUGUACCCAAAGGUUACAGAAUCUCCCUUAUAGAUGUAGGCCAGGUGAUUGAGUAUCUGAUAGGAGGAGCCUAUCAGAGCACAUACACACAGAAACGAUUCCGAGCCUGCUAUCACCGCCUACAUGCCCACGGCAAGGAGAGUGGAUGGGACAGUUCAGGACACCUGACCAAGACUGACUCGACACUCCACCCCCAUCAAAGGGCUAAAAGCACUCUAUCUGGCCCGCCCUUCUUCCGUACUGCUCAGCCCUAUAAACGCAAGGACAGAUCCGUGGUCAUAACAGACCUGAAAAGGGACCAGCAGCAGACCUCAGAGCUCGCCGACUCGCCUCUGUUUGUGUACAACUUCAACGACCUGUUUGUGUGGGCAGUGUUGCAAAGGCGCCAGCAGAUGGCGCUGUUCCUGUGGCAGCACGGGGAGCAGGCCAUGGCUCGGGCUACAGUGGCCUGUAAGCUGUACCGCGCCAUGGCCUAUGAGGUCCGGCAGAGCAACAUGGACGACACCACGGCAGAGCAACUCAAAUCCUACUCAAUGGACUUUGGUCAGCUGGCAGUGGACGUUCUGGACCGUGCAUUCAGACAGAACGAGCGAAUGGCCAUGAAGCUACUGACCUCCGAAAUGGAGUCCUGGAGCCACUUCACCUGUCUGCAGAUGGCGGUGUCCUCCAGGCUCCGGCCCUUUGUCUCCCACUCCUGCACCCAGAUGCUGCUCACCGACCUGUGGACUGGCCGCCUCAACAUGAGAAAGAACUCCUGGUUCAAGAUCAUCCUGAGCAUCCUCAUGCCCCCUGCCAUCGUACUACUGGAGUUUAAGAGUCAGGCCGAAAUGUCCCACGUGCCCCAGUCCCAUGAGGCUUUGCAGUUUGGUUGGGACACAGGGAGACCAGAGGCCCAGGAGAGGCAGAAUACGGAUACAGAGAAGGGUUCAGUGUGCUGGGAGAGGUUCUCAGACCCUGUAGCUGAAUCAAUCACACCCAUCACCAAACAGUGUUUCUUAUGGACAAGGAGGCUGUAUGAGUUCUACAACGCUCCUGUCGUCAAGUUCUGGUUUCACACGAUGUCCUACCUGGCCUUUCUCAUGCUGUUCUCUUACACUGUUCUGGUGAAGAUGGAGGACCGGCCCAGUACGCAGGAAUGGCUGGUCAUUGCCUAUAUCAUAUCCACCGCUGUGGAGAAAACACGAGAGGUGUUCAUGUCAGAGCCCAGGAAGCCCAGUCAGAAGCUGAAGGUUUGGUUUGGAGAGUACUGGAACAUAUCCGACUUCCUGGCCAUCCUACUCUUCCUGGCAGGGCUGGUGCUGCGCUGGCUCAGUGAGACCUACCGGACUGCAGGACGGAUCACCUACUGCCUGGACAUCAUCUUCUGGUAUGUCCGUGUACUGGACCUACUUGCAGUUAAUCAGCAUGCCGGCCCAUACCUCACCAUGAUCACCAAAAUGACCAGUAACAUGUUUUACAUUGUGGUGAUGAUGGCAAUCGUCUUGCUGAGUUUUGGCGUGUCCAGGAAGGCCAUCUUGUCUCCUGGUGAAGUUUUCUCCUGGGACCUGCUCAGACAUGUGGUCGACCAGCCGUACUGGAUGAUGUUUGGAGAAGUGUACGCCGGGGAAAUCGAUGCCUGUGCGGAUGAAGAAAAGCCAUGCCCACCCGGGGCCUUCCUCACCCCCUUCCUCCAGGCCGUCUACUUGUUUUUUCAGUACAUCAUCAUGGUCAACAUCCUCAUUGCCUUCUUCAACAACGUUUACUUUGACAUGAGGUCCAUAUCCAAAAAGUUGUGGAAGUACAACCGCUACCGGUACAUUAUGACCUAUCAGGAGAAGCCCUGGUUGCCUCCUCCAUUCAUCAUCCUGAGCCACAUAGCCCAGUGUGUGACUGCCCUUUACCGCAAACACAAGGGCUCGUCCAGGCAUGAGCGGGACUCCUGUGGCCUUAAGCUUUACCUGGGCAGAGAGGACCAUAAGACAUUGCAUGAGUUUGAAGGAAGGUGUGUGGUGGAAUAUAUCCAUGAGAAAAACCAAGAUGUUCUCUGUAGCCAGAUCAACAGGAUACGAGCCACUGCAGAAAGGGCUGAGGAGAUGGGUGGUGUUGUGGACGAGGUAUCGGAGAGGGUGCAAUUCAUCCAGGACACUCUGCAGGUACUGGACAGCCAGCUGGGCCAGCUGCAGGACACCUCUGCCCUGGCUGUGGACACCCUCACCCUGCUGUCUGCCUCCGACAACCUGCAGCAGGAGAAGGCCCAUCUUGGCCAUUGCCGGCCAUUUGCCCUCUCCCGUCACAAUGUCCCUCACAGCUGGACCCUCCCCCACGGGGGUGGAGGCAGUGUCGACGUCAUGCCCUGCCACACCCCCCGGGCCUACCGCAGCACCCCGCCCUCCCUGCUGCGAGGCCACACCCCCCGAAGCCAACGCUCGUCACUGGAGUGGCACAUGGGCGCCUGUGGGGGUGGCGGGCAUUGGGAACCGGGCGCCGGCGAGGCAGGUGAUGGGGAGGAGGAGGUGCAUGGGGUCACGGUGCACCACGGUGGUGAGGUCUGGCCAUCAGGUGCCCCCCACAGCUUCUUCCCACACAUGGGCGGGGCAGGGAUCAGGGACAGGACCCCCUGUGAUUCAUGCGGGCCUUCUCGCUGUGGCUCUCCUCUGUACCCUUCAGUCUGGGCUGGAGACGGUUCUCUGGAACCCAGCUACAGCAAACCCUGGGUCUGCUACGACCCCAAAAUGUCCAUGGAGGAGGAAGAGGAGGAAGAGGAGGUUGAAGAGCGCUUUAAUGGGAGUGUGUCCAGGGCUCCUAGUCAGACCUUUCUGCUGCCGGACCACCAGGAUGAGAGAGGCUGUGGGGCCAGGGGCUUUGUGAACCCUGCCUUCUGUAAAGAUGAAAACUCUGGGGUUGUUCGCUCAAGGCGAGGCCAGUGGGGCAGAAAAAGUCCUAAUCGGUGGCCUUAUCUGUCCAGGGACCGGCAGUUCAGAUACAGCCGCUCUCUUUCCUCUAGCAUGGAGAACAUGGCACUCUCUAAUGCCCCUCUGAGCCCCUUACGAGGCUCCUUCCCCGCCCUCGAUUGCCUGUCAGAGGGAGGAAGUCUGAAAGCUGAGGCACCCCUUGGUUGCAGUAAAAACACCGAGUGGUCCAACUGGUUUGACCUGGCAGCGACCUCAGGGAGCAGGGAGAAGGUCCAGGGCAGAAAGACGGUCAAGAUCCUCGAGGAGAGUUCCUCAGAGGCUGUGUGCCGGAAGAGGAGGCGCAGGGGAGGAGAGUCUGUAUGCUGGUCUGCAUCUGCUAGCCUCAACCAGCUUAAUUUUGAACCCAUGGAUUCAAUGCAGAAAGUGUCUUUUUCACGUCAGCAGGACUCCAGUCCGUCUGUUUGGAGUAGCUGGGCACGCUCUGUCAGCUGCAGGUCCUCAAUGCAGAGUGGAAUCACAACUGAAGCAAAGUCCUCUACGUUUCCAUCCACAGAAGACCUGGACCCACACUACUCAGCCAUGGAAAGGAACAACCUGAUGAGGCUUGCCUACACCAUACCAUUCACCCCUGUCUCCAAAAUGGCGGGAGAGGGGGUGAGUGUCUACACCCUGGAGGAGGUGGAGGCUGCUGGCCCAGAGUCGUCCGUGUCCUUGUGGUCCCACCAGGGUCUGUCUGCGGUGCUGCAGCCACUGUCCAGCGAGGGCUGCCUGGAUGGCGGACUGCGUAGGGCCACGCGUGUGCUUUGCACCUGGGCCGAGGGGGACGUCCUGAGGGUGGGCUGCGUGUAUGUGGUCAAAGCUUUCCGGCCCGAGGUGGUCCGCACUUGGCAGAAGGUCUUCCACACUGGCACCAACCUCCAGCUGUGUCUGCGGGAGAUACAGCAACAGAGAGCCGCUCAGAAACUCAUGCAUGUGUUCAACCAAGUCAAACCAGACGAUGUGCCUCAUUCUCCCAGGUUUCUGGAGGUGUCUCUACUCCGCUGGCACUCAGAUGGCCAGUGGCUGACCAUAGAGAGGAACAUGACCGGAGACUUCAGGAAGUACAACAAUAACACAGGGGAGGAGAUCGCCCCCUGCUGUGCGAUGGAGGAAACACUCCUGGCCUUUUCUCACUGGACCUACCAAUACUCCUGCGGGGAGCUUCUGGUGCUGGACAUACAGGGAGUGGGGGCGGAGCUUACAGACCCGUCAGUCAUCCGAGCAGAGGACAAAAGCUUGGGUGGUGAUAUGGUGUUUGGUCCAGCCAACCUUGGAGACGCUGCUAUCCAGAGGUUUGUCCUCAAACACAACUGCAACUCCUGCUGUGAGAAGCUUGGACUGUCAGAUUUGAGGAGCACCGACAGCCAUGAAAACACAGAACACAGAUCUUCUGAAGAGGAGAGUGGAGUGAUCAUGACCAGAAUGUGACCUCUGCUCUGGAAGUAGACACACUCAAUCCUAACCACUGUUUCAGAUGGAAGGAAGGUUCCCUUAGGGGAGUCAGCUAAGCGGAUCCAGAAAUAUAUUUAAGGGAAACUUCUAACGGGAAUGAAAACACUAAUCUAGGAGUUUUAAAUUUAAAUAGUACAGUGUAAUGUGGACCAGCUGUAUGACUUUGAAUUUGCUCAGCUGAGCCCAUUUUGUUUGGAGACUGCAGUGGUAACAGGUAACCUACAAAUCAAACAAACACAGUGCCUUGUAGUAUUACCUGUUAUUGAAUCUCCUGACCAUGUGGCUCAAAUGCUAGUAGAGUCAGGUUAGCCACUGUGCAAAUUUAUUUCACUUGCUGGCUGUAACUAGGAAACUCAGAGAUACACCUCCAUUUGGAGUCACACCUGGCUGUCUUUUAUUUCUUCAAGUACAUGUCUUUUUUCAUGUUUUCAAACUGUAAUAUUUUAAUUUCACAUUUUAACAACGCUGAGUGCUAAAAUACGUAGUUUUUUUGCUCAUGUUAAAAUCGUAUUAUAGUAAGAAAAAGGUGCAAUGCUCAAUAUUAAAAAUGUCAAUAUUUCAUGAACUGAGCUAAGAUGUUUUGGCCAGUGCCCUUACAUUUUACCAUUAUUGUAAUAUGUGGACGUUUUUUAUGGCAAGGGUUGGGCUAUUUUCUCUUUGAGAAUGUAAUUUUGUGGUCGCAUCUGAACUUAUUUUGAUUAAGUGCUCUCCACUCCCAUUAAAAAAAUUAUUACAUGAGAAUACAAACCAUAUUAAAUUAAGUUUUAACACUGAAGUGUGGCUUAUGCUUGUGCUUAGAAUUAAAUGCUAAUACCUCAAUAACCAACUGGUCUCAACUGGUGUUUGGAAUUCACUAUGCCCAGACUAAAAAAAUU